AUGGAGGCUUUCGAGGCGAUAAUGUCAUUGGGUGACAGGGAAAAUUGUUGCCCACCUACCAUCAUCCCGGACCCGCACGGGACCUGGAAAGAUAGCGGCUUAAGCGAAAUAGUUGAACACAACGCUACCGACGCUUCCGUGGAUGAGGAGAUACUGCGGCCAAACCUAAGGGCUCAAUCUGGCGCCACUGGUCUUCGAGAGAUCGAGUCAUUGUUUGAGUCUCUGCUCUCUAGUGAACCAGCGCGUUCAGAAAGGCAGUCUAGAACACAUCCUAAGUUCCCUGUUUUGGACAAAGGUUCAUCUAAGGGGACACCUAAGCGGGGGGCGCAUAGAGAAUGGGAAGCACUUCAUUUUGCGGCGCAGAAGGGUAAUGCUGCUCUAUGUAAAGCGUUUAUAGAAAGGGGAGCUUUGGUUGACUCGCGGGAAGACGAUAACUGGACCCCGUUGAUUUUGGCUGCCCAAAACGGCCAUCUCGAGGUGUGCCGUAUCCUUCUUGAUGCCGGGGCGAAUCCCAACGCAUCUGGAGAUAGUCAGCGCACCCCGUUAUUACAAGCCGUUCAAGGAAAACAUAUCGAGGUCGUCAAGCUUUUGCUAUCCAGAGGAGCGGACGUGUCCCAGCCAACCAAAAGGUGUACUCUAGUAAUGGCUGUGGUAGGUAUCAAGCCAGAUUCCGACGAGGGCGAUAAGCAAAUUUCCUUGGAAAUCGCGAAGCUUCUCAUUGAUGCUGGUGCAGAUAUCAAUGAAAAGGAUGUGGAUGAAGAUACUCCUCUCAAGAUGGCAUGUGGCGCGGGUUUUUUGACUAUGGCUGAGUUUCUGCUCACCAACGGCGCUGAUCCGAAUACGAGGGAUUCAAACCAUAGGACAUGCCUUCACAUAACUUCUUUUCGAACGAAUCCGGAUAUUAUAAAGCUGCUGACGAGAUAUGGAGCUGAUGUUAACGCCGUAGGGGAUACAAUGUGGACAUCGCUUCAUUUCGUAACUCAACUUGACAAGGAACGCACCUUCGAGACCGUACAGACCCUCAUUCAAGCCGGAGCUGACGUCAAUAUCUCAGGAGCACAUGAAGCUACACCGCUCUAUCCAGCGGUCCAGGCAAAUGGAUACGAUGUAGUCGAGCUCCUCCUCAAUGAAGGCGCACAUCCCGAUACAACCACGAUCCAAGGAGUAACGCCCCUCGUUGUGGCUAUAAGGGGAUCUAACCUUGACGUCGUCAAUCUACUCCUAGCGCAUAAAGCAAGAACAGACAUACUGGAUGAAAAUGGGUUUAACAUUGUUCAUUCUGCUGCGAUGCAGGACAGCGUCGAAGUAUUGAAGAGAGUUCUUGAGACAGGGGCCGACAAGGAUCUGAUCAGUACCGAUGAACGCAAUUUACGACCAAUUCAUUUGGCUUCCCAGAAUAAGAACGACGAAAUUUCCAUGACGCUUUUGGAAUACGGAGCGAAGGUUUAG